AUGACCACCGAUGGAAAUUUGCGACAGCUCGAAUCCACACUGACCUUGGAGAAGUUACUUCAAGUUUCAAUACGAAGGAACUAUUCGCCAGCCGUAUUCUACAAGUUGUAUAAGGAUUUUGGGCAUAAACAGGAGUAUACAAGAGGAGAAAAGCUGGAUCCCACACCUCUUUACAGAGGUUGUGACAAACAUUAUUUGCAAAGGGAGUAUAUUUAUGAGAUUUUGGUUGGUUCGGAUUUACAAAAUACGCAUGAGGAACUAAUAAAUUAUUUUGUCAACAUAUCUAAAGGACUUCCUAUUAAUGACCAAGUUUGUUUACUGUUGUUCAUCAAUCAAUUUCCUGAAAAGUUUUGUUGGAAUCUCUACGGCAGGUCCAAACUUGUAUUAAAUGCCUUAUCCCAAUAUGGUUACCAUCUGAUGAAGAACUUUAAUCCAAAUGAUGCCGAAAAUGUAAAGCUAAUUAAUUGUUUUGUUAAACUUAUUACUUAUCUAGUGGUGAACUAUGAGGAAAGAAAUUUGGAAAAGGAAUUUGAUAAAUUUAUAUCUGUUUUAUUAGAAUGGCUCAGGUCCAAUUCAUUAAAUUCUUUACAAACUUUGAGAGAAGGCAUUGAAACAUACAAUCAAUCUGCAUUAAACCUUGCGUUUCCGUUGAAGGCAAAUGGCGAGACACUGAAGCCAAGCAAAAGUGGUAAUAGUUUGGUCAGGAUCAAUGAGAGGGAAACUACUAGAUUGCUAAAGCUGAAAAAAAUCAUCUGGCUUUCGCAGGCGAUUACUGUUGAAUUUACAAGAUUAGACGAGAACUUCGUUAACAAUUUCAAGCAGCUUCUCAGCUUGUCGGGGAUGCCAACUUUAGAUGUUAUACCCACUCUUAUCACAGAACUUUUUUCAGGCGUUUUUGAUGGUUUUCAAUUAUCCAGCGCAAAAACACGCCAUAUCUGGAGGACAUACAUUGUUUUCAAGAUCCCAUUUUUUCUUAAAAAUGUUCUUAAAAUUGGUCAAGGUGUUUUGGAAAAACAACUAUCCCUCUUGUUUUCUGAUCACAGUGGAUUCGUUCUGAAGUUCAAUGAUAUGCUGCUGCAACUUGAAGAGUCAUUGACACAAUUAGGUCUUUUGAAGAGAAACGUUUUACGAUUGAACCGCACCUCCAGAAUUGAAAGUGAAACUACAAUGUCAGCAACAGAUUUAAAUCAUAGUUUUACGCAAAAAUUUAUGGAGUGUAAUCCUGAAUUUGUUUCUAUGAAGGAGGCCGGAAUUAAAGAGUUCAUUUUGGAAAUUUCAAGCUCAAUUCAAAUGGUCCAUAAAUUCUGUGAGCUAGUGUUAGAAUCCAUGAACACAUUUAUAAUGACAGGAGAUACAUUAAGAUUAAGGAGACUUCUUCUAUCUUGUGCUAUUGAUUUGGAUGUUUUAGAUGCAUUGGUGCUUUUCGAUUCACCAUUCCAUAUUAUCACACCCCUACUGAAAUUUCUAGAUAACAAUGUCCUCCAAAUCCCUGAUUCAUCAAAUAUGAGUACUGCACAGAAGUAUUUAAAUGAGACUAAUCAACCCGAGUUUAUGAUGGAUGUUGAUGGAGUUAACGACGAUUCUUCCAAUACUCAAGAUAAUUUCAGUGAUAUUUGUGCAACUUUGAAUUUUGUUCAGUUUUCAUACAAAAGGUAUAACAUUAUAAUGAAUGACGAUAAAUUAGUCCAGUCAAUACCCAAUAUCUUGUCGCUGUUAAGGAACUCUAAGAUUAUAUACGAUACCAAAUCUCAAUCAGGCAGCACACUAAAGGAAGUUUCAGUUUCUGAUGAUAUUAUAGACAAAUGGAUCUCUUCGAUGUUCGAUCCGACUAAUUCCGAAGGGAUCUCUGACGAUCUUAUUAAGAUGACCAAUAUCUAUCAAUAUUCACAAUUGGUACCUAGAAUUGUUCACGAAGCAAUUUUAUGCACUCACAAUGGCUGGCUAACAGAGGAUGCCCUGGCAAGCGGGUUGGAAUAUUUACAGCAAAACUUCUUAAUUGGUUGGUUACCAUAUGUAAUUGAUGAUAUCUGUGAUACUACCUCGGAUAAGGACGGAAAAGACACUAUUUUGUUAGGCACGGUGCUUAGACAAUUGCUGAAUGUUGAGAGUACUAAUUCUGAGGAGAUACACAUAACAAUAAAAUUGGUGAAAACUAUUGUUAACGAUAAAGUUUGGGGUAGAUUCGAGGCAUUGAGAGAUUUAUUCACACAACCGGAAGUCCCCCUGACUAAUAACGAAUACUUCCUUAAUUUAACAAGAUAUGUCGAGACAUACGAUGACCUUGAUACUGUCCAAUGUGUGUUUGACCUGCCAGUAGUAUGGAACAGAUUGCUGAAAACUAGUCUUGCCACUGAUGUACUUUUCAAAGAGUUAUGCAGUUUGACCGCUCGAAGAGCGUCUAACACAGAAAUCGAUUAUGAUUUAAUUGCAAUACUCUUAACCACUUUUUCCAAAUGGAUUGUAGGUGAAAAGAUAUCAACCACAUGGCCAGCUGUAUUAUCAAAACUAAAUGACCCGUCUAUUUCACCUUCGGAUGUGUUUACGCCUAUUUUGCAGAAAAGGUCUCGAGAGGUAAUUGUAAGAAGCUACAACAACAGUUCCAACUCAAAUUCAGCGGUCAAAGCAAACACCACAGAGUCUGGAUUUUUUGGUUUUAUUCAAGAUCCAAAUAUCAAUGCAAUGGAAGUCGACAUCAAGGAAGAAAAUGAGAAUCACAUCAUAGACCCAUACGGAGAAAACCUUGUCGUGCUUGCUUACGAGAAUAAGGGAAACAAAAUAACUGAUGUGUUCUUGCGUAAAAUUAUGCAACAACUUAAAUAG